GUGUAUGUUGUAAUGGGUAAGCAUAAGGUGCGCAAUGAGAACAAGAAGCGCAACCAGUUCCUGAAGAAUCUAAGGGAGAAGAAGGGACUGUUGGCUGCCUCUGAGGAGUCGAAGAGAAAGAGGGAGCAGUGGGAUGGAGUGGUAGAAGAUGAGGUGGACCAGUUCGAUCUGGACAAAGACCAGAUACUCUUAAGUGGAACAAAGGGACCACGCCAGGAUGAAUCAGAGGAGAGCGAAGAGGAAGUGUUCGGACUUGAAGGAGUUGACGACUCAGACGAGUACGAAGAUGACGUCAUAGACGGAGAAGACGACCAAUCAGAAGACGACGAAGAUGAAGACGAUUCUAGAACGUUUGAUGAGGGAAGAGAAGAUAAACAAUCAGAUGACGUAGACAGCAUGGCUUCGGAUUUGGAAGAUCGUCGGAAAUUUUCAGACGACGAGGAUGGUCCACAAGUUCUAAGAGCCUCAAAAUCUUGGGGAAACAAAUCGUCUGCAUUUUAUGGAUCUGAUUACCAGAGACAGAAAAAGAAAACAAGAGAAGAAGCAGAUGCUUUAGAAGACGAAGAGGAAGAAGCGGUCAUUGCGCAUAAAAGAGCUCUGGUAAAUCAAUUAGCCGAAAAUGAUUUCGAAACGGAGCUCUUUUUUGAUGAUAAAAACAAUGAAAUAGAGAAUGAUUCUAAAAUUGCUUCAAGUUCUGUUAAAGUUCAACCCACGCUCGUGACCCAAGAAGAAAAGGUUGCUAAUUUGAAGUUGAGGCAUCCUGAACUAGAACACAUGAUUGAAGAGUACAACUCGAUAAACGAAGAAUUAGUUAAUGAAUUGGAACCAAAGCUACGGAAAAUUAACCCCGAUAAACCCGAUUUAAUUACUGAAAAGCAAAAGUUAACUCAGCUUAAGUACACUGUUUAUUCGCAUUAUGUGAUGUGUUUAUCUGUUUAUUUUUUGUUGAAGAUGAACAAGGAACCAACUGAAAACCAUCCGGUUAUGGAAAAAUUACUAGAUUUCAGAAAAUAUAUAACGAAGUUGAAUAAAUUUGAAAAGCAAAGCAAAAGUGGCGCUAAUCAGUUGAACCAUAAAUCAAAUGAUGAAUCUUCUGGUGUUAAGAAAAAUUCCAACGCAAUGGAUGUUGAGAGUUUCAGUAAAACAGAAGAUGCAUUCGAUCUGUACGAGCAAUUGAAAAUGUACCAAGAAGGAAAGAAAACUUUGUCAAAACUAGCCAGAGAAAAUCAAGAAAAAGAAACUGAGUUAGAGCGCGACCAAAAGAUUCAACGCAAGAAAGACCAAAUGUCGAAACUGAUGGUGGAAAAAGGCGGCGUGACCAAGCGAAAAGUGUCGAGGCCGAUUCGCGUGAACAAAUCAGUGGUUGAAAUGAGAAAUAUACUAGCGAGAAAAGAGAAGAAUCCACGAACGAAGAAUAGAAAGAAGUCUCUGAUUGCAAAUAUAAAGAGAAGUGGUCAAGUUAGACCCAUGAGGGACGCUUCAGUGAACUACAAGGGCGAGACUACAGGAAUAAACGUACAGGCGAAGCGGGGAACGAAGUUAUCAUAGUGAUUGAAUUAAAUGUGAGCAUAAAUGUUGAGCCAGAUUGGAGAAAUGGGAACGAUGUUGCUGGAGUUGCAGAGGGCAUGGCAUGGUUUGAUGUUUAAUGCCGGCGAUUUGUCAGAACAGAACCUACUAGUCCAUUUCUUUUCUAAAAACAAUUGGAAGCAAGCUUGAUUUCGAAAAAAGAAAGAUUCAAAAUAAAUCUAGCUAUUUUCUA